AUGCGCUCAGUACUCCUCCUUGCUUCGUCGCUUGGCCUCCUAGCCGCGGCAAGCGACCCCAAGCCCUUUGACUGUGGCACCAACACUGAGCAUGCAUCUGAAGACUUUCUAAAGAAGAUCCAGGCCCUCCAUGACAAGAGCCAAUCUGGAUCGCCUGCAGCGCGCGCAGCCCUCGCAGCCCGCGAUGCCGCCGCCACAGGCCCCAUAAACGUCGACGCAGUCUUCCACAUCGUAGCCACAAGCGCCGCCAAAUCCAGCAUAACAAACGACAUGCCAUCAGCGCAGCUCACGGCCCUAAACACGGCCUACAAACCCUACAACAUCCAAUUCAACCUUAUCAACGUAACCUGGACCACAAACGACACAUGGGCUAUUGGCGCCAACACCGCCGAUGACCUAGCCAUGAAGCAGAACCUGCGCCAGGGCAGCUACGAUACACUAAACCUUUACUUCCAAACCGACCUCAGCGGCGGCGUCCUCGGCCGCUGCACGCUCCUCUCAUCCAUUGCAAACGGCAAAUCAGACCCCACCGUCUACGCAAACGACGGCUGCAACAUCAACGCCCACACCAUGCCCAUGGGCACCCUAAACGGCUACAACAGCGGUAUGACAGCCGUCCACGAAACAGGUCACUGGAUGGGUUUGCUACACACGUUUGAAGGAUAUAGUUGUACCGGUCCCGGUGAUUAUAUCGAUGAUACGCCCCAGGAGAGUACGGCGACGGGUGGGUGCCCCAUCAAUCCGAAUAAGUGUUGA